AUGCCGGGCCGGGACCUGACGGUGGUGCGCAUCCCGCUGCGACGCGCGAAGCACCACUUCGGCGCGGCAUCUGCGCGCGGCAGCCGCCCCUACAACGAGGACACAGACCAGGCGGGCAUCAUCGACGUGCCCGCCUUUGCCAAGCGCGCACCGCAGUCGGUCGUCAGACAGAAGCCCGGCGAGGCCAAGGCGCCCGAGGGCGCGCUAGGCGACCCGCAGAUCUUCUACUUUGGCAUAUUCGACGGUCACGGGGGUACCCAGUGCUCUGCGUACCUUCGGGACGGGCUGCACACGUACAUUGAGAAGGCGUCGGCCGACUUUGGCCUCAAGAGCACGCUGCAGCGGAACCGCCACACCGUAGUUUCGCGCCCCCUCUCUUCUGGAACUGAGGACGCAGAGGAGCCCCAGGACCAGGCUGGCGCCGGCGAUAAGCCUCCCAGGGGCGAGAGCCGAGCCAUCCAGAUGGAGCGCGACCUGGUGAGCGAGUACCGGAGCACGAUAGGCGGGUACUACCGGCGCUUCAACCCGCCGUACUUUAACCUGUCAGACGAUAAGGAGCCCGAGAUCUGCUUAGAGUCCGUGCUCUCGUACGCCUUCCUCCGCGCAGACCUGGACUUUGUCAGGGCGCAGGCCGACCGACCAGACCCAGACGACCCUCGCGUGGGCGACACGCCGCUCAACAACGACGAGAUCCUGGGAUCUCCGAGCGCGCGCGCGCCCGUUCCAGGUCCCAGCGAUAUGCGCUUCAAGGGCGGGUCGACGGCGUCUGUGGCGCUGAUUUCGACGCCCACGCCUACGCCAUUCUGGCACCCGGACGCGCACUCGACGCUGGUGGUGGCGCACGUGGGCGAUACGCGGGUACUCCUGUGCGAGACGGCAACGGGCCAGCCCCACCCGCUCACGUCGGACCACCACCCCACCACACCGACCGAGUCGCGCCGCCUCCGCCGCUACGCCCCGGCCGGUUCCAUGGUGUCGGGCGACAGCUUUGGCGAGGAGCGCAUCGCCGGCCUGGCCAACAGCCGCGCCUUUGGGGACAUACGCUCCAAGCGCAUCGGCGUCUCGGCCGAGCCCGAGCUCUCCCGCAUCGACAUGCGCCCGGCCCAGUACGCCUUCCUCGUCCUCACCAGUGACGGCGUCUCCGCCACCCUGACGGACCAGGAGAUCGUCGACGUCGUCAAGGAGGCCCCAACCCCGGAGCGCGCCGCCCGCGCCGUCGUAGACUACGCCACUGAGGUCUCCCACGACGGUGACAACGCCACUUGCCAGGUCAUCAGGCUGGGUGGCUGGGCGAGGAGAUCCGAAGGCGGCCUGGGUAGUCUGGGCACAAAGGAGAUACGUGACCAUCGCAGGGCAGAGGCCCUCGAUCCUAGGAGGACGAAGCAGUAG